AAAUCUUAUAUUUAAUUACAAAUAAAAAUAAUUAUUUAGAUGCCUGGUACUUUAAUUGUUAAACCUAAGUGUGCAAAGCUUACAUAUGAUACUGAAUUUUUCGGUAAAAUGGAUCCAUUUGUAAAUGCAUUUGUUGGUAAUUAAAAGUAUACUUCUGCUGUAGCUAAAGAUGCUGGUAAAAAUCCAUCAUGGAUAGAUACUUUUACUUUUAAAGUAGGAAAUGAAACGCUUAUUAAAUUUACAGUAGCAGAUUACGAUAAUAAUUCAUAAAAUGAUUUUAUAGGUGAAGGAUCUUAUUCUAUAUAAAAUGUUAUUUCAUCUCCUGGUUGUAAAAAAUAGGAAUGGGUAAGCUUAAAUAGAAAAGGUAAUUCUUCUGGAUAAAUUCUUGUUGAUUUUGAAUUUAAAUAUGAUGCAUAAUAGGGUUAUCCAUAAUAGCCUGGUUAUCCUUAACAAGGAUUCCCUCCUUAAUAAGGAUUACCUCCUUAGCAAGGAUUCCCUCCUUAGCAAGGAUUCCCUCCUUAAUAAGGAUUCCCUCCUUAAUAAGGAUUCCCUCCUUAACAAGGAUUCCCUCCUUAACAAGGAUUCCCUCCUUAAUAAGGAUUCCCUCCUUAACAAGGAUUCCCUCCUUAACAAGGAUUCCCUCCUUAACAAGGAUUCCCUCCUUAACAAGGAUUCCCUCCUUAAUAAGGAUUCCCUCCUUAACAAGGAUUCCCUCCUUAACAAGGAUUCCCUCCUUAAUAAGGAUUCCCUAAUGGUUAAUAACCUAUAUAUCCUCCUCCUUAACAACCUUAUCCUGGACAAUAUCCUCAACCUGGAUUUCCUCCUAGUGGGCCUGGAUUUGCUGUUUGUCCUCCAGGACCUGGAUUUGCUGUUUGUCCUCCUGGACCUGGAUUUGCUGUUUGUCCUCCGGGACCUGGAUUUCGAUAUUAAUAAUAACAAGGUAUUAUGAUUUGAGGAAAGACUUUGCCUAGGAUUAAUCCUACCCCUGGUUGUAAGAAAUGUGGAGGCGAUGCUUUAGUUUCUAAACAUGGAAAAUAAUAUCCUUGUGGUAAAUGUUAUUCUCAUGGAGGAUAUUGUAAAAAAUGCUGUGGAACUGGUUGGAACUUUAAAAAAUAAGAACAUUGUAAAAAAUGUGGAAAGCAUUGAUUUUACUUAUGUAUAAUGAUAUUUAAUCAUAUAUUUUUAUUUUUUUUUAUUAAUAUAUAAAUUAACAAAAACUUAACAUUUAAAUCUAUUUAUUUAUUGCGAUAUUUAAUAAAUUUUUUGAUA